GACAGUUAUAGACACACACACACACACACACACAGACACACACACACACACAGACAGGACAGCAGCGGUGUGUGUGCGGACUCUCUGGCCGGUGUGAAGCGGACGGGCCCCGGCUGUGUGCCCGGGCCAUGCGGGGGUGAGGAUGGGGGACGAGGUAAGAGUUUCUCCGCUCAAGAACUUCGUGGCUGGAGGAGUCGCCGGAGCGUGUCUGCUGCUGGCCGGACACCCGCUGGACACCAUCAAGGUGAGGCUUCAGACGCAGCCCAAAGCCUCCCGCGCUCAGUAUGUUCUCUACACAGGAACCUACGACUGCUUCCGCAAGACCGUCUCCAAAGAGGGUGUUCUCGGUCUCUAUAAAGGUAUGGGGGCUCCUCUGGCCGGUGUGGCUCCGAUGAUGGCCAUCAGUUUCUUUGGGUUCGGCCUGGGGAAGCAGCUCCAGCAGACUGACCCCAGCAAGCCCCUUACGAACACGCAGAUAUUCCUGUCCGGCUGUCUGGCGGGGGUCUUCACGACGGUCAUCGUAGCUCCAGGAGAGAGAGUCAAAUGUUUACUGCAGGUGCAGGCCAGCGGUGGACAGUCCAGGUAUGCGGGUCCUCUCGACUGUGCAGUCCGGCUCUAUAAGGAGCAGGGGAUCCGCAGUGUCUACAAAGGGACUGUGCUGACUCUGAUCAGAGAUGUGCCUUCUAACGGUCUCUACUUCAUGACUUAUGAAUACCUCAAAAACUUUCUCACACCUGAGGGUCAAAGCGUUUCUCAGCUCAGCACUCCAAAUAUCAUCCUGGCUGGUGGUAUAGCGGGGAUACUAAACUGGACGAUCGCUCUUCCUCCAGAUGUCCUCAAAUCAAACUUCCAGACAGCUGCAGAGGGAAAGUACCGCGGUCUCCUCGACGUGCUGAGAACGCUGCUCAGGGAAGAAGGACCUAAAGCGCUCUACAAAGGAUUCAACGCUGUUUUUCUACGAGCCUUCCCUGCCAACGCGGCCUGUUUUUUGGGAUUUGAGGUGGCGUUGAAGGGACUGAACGCCCUCGCUCCCAGCUGGUGAACGUCUGUUUCUCUGAACCACAAACUGUAACGUGUGUGUGUGUGUUUGGAGUCACCUUUUAAGAUGCUGAGAUGUAAUGAAAUCUUAUUUUUUUUAUGUUAUUUCACAUAUUAUUUUACUCCUCUUGUCUAAGAGCGAUCUUACGUCACAGACGCACACAUCUGAAUGUGAGGAUAUAUAUGUUUUGAGUGAGAGCGUGUGACCUUUGUGUUUACAAACUGCUGAUGACGUUUGUAAAAUGUAAAUCUACGUCCAUUCAGUUCAGAGUUCAUUUAAGUGUUUUUUUAAAUUUCAAGCUCUGCCAAAAAGUCAGAAUGAAUUUAUUGAAAAGGGUGAAGAAGUUUAUCCGUCCUGUGCUUCAGGCUCGUGGGACUUUUAUAAUCUAUGUGAUUUAAAUGUUGGAAUAAAGGUUUUUUGAAUU